AUGGGGUCGCGUUUGACAGCAACAGUAAAUUACGACUGGAGCAUCAGCAGUGAUGCUGUCCAGGAGCUUGAUGCUCUGAGAUCUACAUUUCAGUGGAUAAGUUGGGAUGGGAAAAAAGCUCUCAAAAUUAUUGAACGAGGUAUGUGCGAAGUGACCGGAUUUGAAAUGAUUCUUAGCGUAUCACAGUUCUUACUGUUCGUAUUUCUUUUCUGCUUCAUUGGUACAGGUUACUGUCAAAGAUGUCCAUCAGGAUGGUACACUCACAUGCAAAAAUGUUUCAAAGUGAUCUCAGACGAAGAUCCACGUAAUGCCUAUCAAGCUAGGGCAAGGUGUGCGGAGUUAGGUGGUACGUUAGUUGUCAUUGAAACAGCUGAAAUGAAUGAUUAUGUAGCAUCCAUACUGGAAGAAGAAGCAUCCCUGUACUGGAUAGGUUUGCAUGACAUUGGUGAGGAGGAAAACUUCUUAUGGGUUGAUAACACACCACUGAAGGAUUAUGAAUCGUGCUGGGAUACUAAUGAACCGAGUAACAGUCAGGAUUCAGAGGACUGCGUGCAAAUAAGACUGAGUAGCGGCAAAUGGAAUGAUGAUUCCUGUUAUGACAACGCGGAUGGGAUUGUAUGUCAAACAGCGAUGAAUGAGCCGAAUGGGUGGGACUCCGUGAAUGGUAAAUGUUUGAAGUACUAUGCAAAUACAAAAACGUGGGACGCUGCUAGGUCAUUCUGUGUGGACGUGAACGCGGAUCUCAUUGUUGUGCAAAACUCGAUUACACAGGAAUAUGUUUACGAGAAAUCACGGAAUGGUGAUGUUUGGAUUGGAUUAACCGAUAAGCUCGGUGCGAAUGGCGAGUAUAAAUGGAUUGAUAAUCGUGAUCUAGGGAAUUUCAAUAACUGGUCUCCUGGUCAACCAGAUAGCAGAAAUAGUGCCGGUAACUGUGUGGAGGUUAGAUUCGACACUAACGGUGAAUGGUUUACACAAGACUGUUCCGUGUCAACAAAUGCAUUCAUCUGUCAAAAGAAUGAAGAUGUCGUGAACGACGGUGAUUUCGCCUGGGCUGAUGGAACAACAUCCGUUUCAUUCAGAAACUGGGACAUUGGUCAGCCUGUAGACACAGUGGGUCAACCGGACUGUGGUUAUGUAUACAUCGGGCAUUAUGAUGGUCCUAAAACGUGGCGGUCAGACGGAAGAUGUGGACCGAAUUACCCGUUAGAGGACGGUACACCAGCGGAAUGUAAUCCAGACAGUGGGUUCCCAUGCUGCUCUACGUACGGUUGGUGUGGAUCUACUUUCGAUCACUGUGAAUGCCAAGACUGUGUUGAUUAUACUGAAGUAUACCAUAUGGGUGAAUGGGACACACAGAACUGUUUUCUUCUCCAGCAAUUCAUCUGUGAGAUACCGACAGGAAUUGGUAGUUGUGAUGCCGGAUGGACCCUUCAUGGUGAUUAUUGUUAUCUAUUUGACACUACUAUUAAGACCGUUCACGGGGCACAGGAUUCGUGUGGCUCACACAACGCUAUGUUAGCUAGCAUAGAGGACGAAGACGAGCAGAGUUUUAUUAACGGACGAGUCUUUAAUAUUGGCAUUAGAUUUUGGAUUGGUUUGCAUGACAUAGAUGACGAAAACCAGUUUGAAUGGUUCGAUGGAACACCGUUUGUGUUUACUAACUGGGGGCCGGGUGAACCAAACAAUGCUGGAGAGGAAGGAGAAGAUUGCGUGCAUCUCAUAGACCAAGAAGAUAAAUUGGGAGAAUGGAAUGAUCAAGUCUGUACCGAUUUAAUGGGAUAUAUCUGUAAGAAACGAAAGUCCAUAUAUAAUCCCAGCUGUGGGCGUGGAUACGAAUACUACCCCGCCCUCUCUACCUGUUAUAAGUUCGUUACUGAUGAAUACCUAUCCUGGGACGAUGCUGAGACACAGUGUCAUGUUGGUGGCGGUCAUCUACUUAGUAUAUCGGGCUUCCAAGAGCAAACUCAUAUCACAGCUCGUAUGUAUGGCUUGAAUGCCCCUGUGUUGUGGAUUGGUGCCAAUGAUAGGACGGUAGAAGGAGGCUGGAGUUGGUCAGAUGGCACUGCAUUCGCAUACCUGAAUUGGCACGUGGGUGAACCGAAUGAUGCAAAUGUAGGCGAAGACUGCACGGAAAUAAUCGUAACUAGCGGACUGUGGAACGACCAUCAUUGUUACGAUAAUAAUAUUGGAUACAUAUGUAAAAAUAAAGGGGUAAUUGUAGAUCAUUUCUAUGUUUACCAUGACAACGCAUUGGACUCAGCCCUUAGCAGUCUACACAUUGAGAAUGUCUACCCAGAAGAAUGUGCUAAGCGAUGCUUGGAAGAAAAACAGUUUACAUGCAUGUCAUUUAACUAUGACAAAGUUAACAUUGCUUGUGAGUUAAGUUCUGAGAAUCAGAAUACCGGUGGUGGGCUGAUAACAUAUCUCAAUCAUCCAAUCGACUACUAUGAAGUUGUUUCUAGACCAGAUACAGGGCAAUUGACGACGCUCGCUCCACAUUCACGCUGUCAAGCUGGUUGGUGGAGCUACAGAAGUUACUGUUAUUAUCUGCAAACUGUCAGAAUGCCCUGGAUAGAUGCACUGGAAUCGUGUCGGAAGUUUGGUGGUGAUCUCGUUUCUAUCGCUGAUGAGAGUGAAAAUAACUUUGUCACAACUUUCAUCCAUUCUAUGUGCGAAGAAUGGCAUUUCGACUCAACGAGCACAUCCUACGAUUACCAAUUUAUCGAAGCGUCGCCUGGCGUCACUCGUACGGAUUUCGAAGUGAAAGCCAAUAACGACGUCCAUAUAGCCCUAUCCGAAGAAGAACGAGUGAUCGACCCGAUGUACGAAAUUGUCCUUGGUGCUUCGGGAAACACACGUUCAGUAAUACGUCGAGGUUCGCUAAGCAACGAGAAAAAAUCUGUCCAAACACCUGGUAUAGUUUCAAUGAAUGAGUGGAGAUCCUUUUGGAUUAGUUGGAGCAAUGGUGAAAUUAAAGUCGGGCGUGAAGGUGAAGCCCCGUUCAUUCAGUGGAAGGACCCUGAUCCACUUCCUGUUAAUUUUGUUGGUUAUAGUACCGGUUGGGGUAGUGAAGGGGAGUUCAGACUUUGCGUGGAACAUACCAAUCGAGAAAGUGACGACAAAGUUUGGACGGGACUUACUGAUCUGAGACAGCAAAUGUCCUUCCAAUGGUCGGAUAUGAGUGACGUCACCUACACCAAAUGGGCAAAUGGAGAACCGAACAACUAUGACGGUGGCAAUGAAGAUUGUGGAAAUAUUUUCACUCAUAACGACAAAAGAGGAUAUUGGAACGACGGUGAUUGCUCCAAAUAUUUUAUGUCAGUGUGCAAGAAACCGAAAGAAGUAUUACCGCCAACAACUGUGGGUUUAACAAACUGUGACGCCGGAUGGAUCGGAUCGGGUUAUUCGUGUUAUCGAUUUGAAUCCACGCCAACAAAGACAUGGUCCAAUGCACAGACACAGUGCCAAGCAUGGGGUGGUAAUUUAGCCACGGUGAAUGACAAUUUGGAACAAGCUUUUCUAGCCAGUAUAUUAAGUACCCUUAUUCGAAACGAACGUUAUUGGAUUGGACUGAACGAUCUGUCAUCAGUGGGUGAAUAUGACUGGGUUGAUGGAGAAAAAGUGACGUAUACGAACUGGGGAGAUAACCAACCAGAUACACGUACCGGUGAUUGUGUUGCCAUGGCAGUAGACAAUGUUCCUGGUUUGUGGUAUGGUCAUCAAUGUAGCGAAUCUAAAUACUACAUAUGUGAAAAGUGGUUGCCUGGUUACACGCCGCCCCCACCAUAUACUGGCCCACCUACCAACCCAUCGGAUAUUGGAUGUUCAACUGGUUGGGUUGGAUUUGAAGACAAUUGUUUUUUGCCUGUCUAUAGAACUGGUUCUUAUAACAGAAAGACAUGGAGUGCCGCACGUGCAAGUUGUGUCACUAUGGGAGCUGAUUUGGCGAGUUUUCACAGCGCAGAGGAAGAGAAUUACGUCAUUUUGAACUCUCAAAUCGAGAAUACAUGGGACGGCUUUUGGAUUGGGCUAAACGACCGUAUGGACGAAACUGGUUUUGAGUGGAGUGACGGGUCCCCUCUAGAGCAUAUCAACUGGAACGAAGGCGAACCGAAUGACGUUAACAAUGAAGACUGUGUUGAAAUGUUCUUUUCCACUGAGCGUGGCUGGAAUGAUUUACACUGUGACCAAAAGAAAAGCUGGGUAUGCAAAAUACGAAAAGGUGUGUCUCCGUCAACUACAUCGUCACCAGCUAUAGCUACCACAGAGCCAAGUGCAGGUAAUUGUGAUAAUGAAGAAUGGAUCCGGCAUCGCACCGCUUGUUAUUUCUUUAGCAAAACUUCUUCUGUAGCCGACAAAAGCUGGGAAGAUGCCCGUCAGUAUUGUAGACAACAAGCUGCAGAACUGAUUUCGAUUCAUUCGGUUUCCACGCAAACAUUUGUCCAUAACCAGAUUGCAGGAAAGUAUAAUGUUUGGAUUGGACUACGCGAGUAUGUAGCUUCAUCAACAUACAGCUGGUCGGACAGUUCACCGCUGGAUUAUAUUAAUUGGGCUCAUGGAGAACCAAAUGACAGUGAUGGACAAGAAAAAUGUGUCGAGUGCCGAGAAUACGAUUCGUCAUGGAAUGAUAUGAACUGUGGUGAUAGGAUGCCAUUUGUUUGCAAAAAGUCGAUCGGAGCUAUCACUCCGCCCUCAAUAGUUUCCACACCAGCCCCAUCAGGUUACUGCCCAGAGGGAUUUCUAGAGCAUACAGAGAAAUGUUAUCAGUUCAAUGGUGGCGAUGAAUCGUAUGUCGUUGACUGGUAUACAGCCAGGGACCGUUGCAGGAGUGCUGGUGGCGACCUUGCUACAAUUCAUAGCCAGGCUUUGCAAGCUUAUCUCACAAGCAACCUUCGUGAUAUAGAAUAUUCUAUGUGGAUCGGCCUCAGUGAUACUAUACAAGAAGGUAAAUACAGAUGGACUGAUGGAUCCAGUGUGGAUUACUAUAACUGGAGAGCAGGUGAACCCAACGGAGAAAAUCAGGAAAACUGCGUAGAGAUGCAUUUUCAGGGCUAUGGUGGACUUUGGAAUGACGGCAGUUGCGAUAGUACUGCAGGCUACAUAUGUCAAGGAAAGAAAGAUUACAGUAACCCUGUUCCGGUACCUACAAUAAACCCCUGUAAGCCUGGCUAUGUAUCAUAUUAUAAAGGAUGUUACAAAGUGAUACAGUCACAGUAUACAUAUGAUGUUGCCAGGAAUCUCUGCUUGAACGAUGACGCCGAUCUUAUCAGUAUUGAAGAUAUAUACGAACACUCGUAUGUGGAGAUGUAUUCCCUCCUCUAUAACCAACCAUUAUGGAUAGGACUAAACGACCAAUCAACCGAAGGUGUAUACAGAUGGACUGAUGGAACGCCAGUUGUAUACACAAGAUGGGGAGAUGGUGAACCAAGCAAAGAUUCUGGGGAAGGAUGCGUACGAAUGGAAUUAUCUGGAUCAUGGAAUGACACACUGUGUUCGUCUACAGGGAUCGCAAUGUGUAAAUAUUGGACAGGAACCCAGCCUACUACGCCCAAACCUAGCCACGGUUCUUGUCCAACAGGGAGUACGUGGAUUGAAUAUGCAAAUCACUGUUACAGUUUUGCCGGUGUGCAAGAGAGGAAGAGCUGGCCUGAAGCUUCGUACGAGUGCCAACGUAUCGAUGGUUACCUUGUCACCAUUCACAGUGAAGCAGAAAACCAAUAUAUACAGAGUCGUAUAAACGAGAAUAACAACAACAUUUGGAUCGGUUUAACGAGAACCCAAUUAGGUGGUUUUGAAUGGGUUGACAAGAGCCCUUUGGCAUAUGAUCACUGGGGUGAUGGUGAGCCAAAUUUUAUCAAUUCAGAAGAAAACUGCGGUGAAAUGAGAUCAAACUCUGGAAAUUGGAAUGACGUAGAUUGUUAUCUUAGUUAUGGUUUGGGAUUUGUAUGCAAACGACAUAAAGAUGCAGAUGGCCCCACGCAGCCUCCACAUCCGGGAUACACAACAAUCCCAGGAUCAGUUGAAAACCCUCAGAAACUUGAAAGUACCGGCGAUCUAAGCUCUGGGGCUAUUAUUGGAAUUAUAUUGGUUGUCCUCUUGGUCGUUGUCGGAGUGGUUGCGAUUACCUUUCUUUUCUAUUCCGGUCGCUUUCCGUUGAAGUCGUCAAUGCCAGGAUUAUCGCAUUCUAAAAAGAAUGAGGAGAUGGCAACCGGGUUUGAAAAUGUUACUUAUAGCGAGACUAUCCCCGAUAAGACCAACGACAAUGUGAAACUAUCAAUGGAGGAUACGAUAUUGGCUGCAGCAGACGAAAUGGAUAUUAUGCAGUGGUUGCGGUCGAUAGGACCGGGCCAACUUGAUGAAAUUCUUGGACCAGCACCAGAAAAUGAAGUACCAGACGGAGUGAACGGUUUUAUAAAAGCACGCCAGAAGCAAAGUACCGGUCACUGGUAG